GGGGGCCAUUAAUUAAGCUUAUCAAUUUUCUCUUUAUUUUAUUUUUUCUCCCCUCUUAUAAAUAUACUUCAUGUCUACUAAAAAGGUGUUCACUAAAGUUACAGCAGGUGGUCUCAAAUAUAAACCUCUUCAUACUCCUCCUCCUAAGUCAAAGGUUAAGUUAGCUCCAAUUCUUUUAGGAGGUUCUCUACUUUAUGUGACAGCUACUUAUGUAAGUAUGCUAGUCUUUAAAAGUAAAAAUGAUACCCAGGAGAUAUUGACAGAAGAAUAUAAAAAAGACUCUACUGUUACGCCUAAUAACUUUGAUACAUCACCCAUCUGGGAAUCAGUUGCAAAGAAGUAUGAUCAAGAAAUUGGAUGGGAUGAGAUUGUUAUGGGUGUUGUUUUGUUAAGACGUUGGUUAGUUAGUAAAGCUAAGGGUAACGUAUUAGAGGUAUCAACAGGAACAGGUCGUAAUUUUGACUACUAUAAAUCGGAUCAAAUCGAUUCCAUCACAUUCACAGAUCGUCACGGAUCUAUGUUGAAUGAAGCCAAACAGAAAUAUCUCGAUUAUUAUAAAGAUAAAUUUCAUCAAGCAUUUUUUGAGACGUCUAAUGUAGAAGAAGUCAAAGAUAAAAAAUACGAUACAAUAAUAGAUACUUUUGGGCUUUGUUCGUGUAGUGACCCAGUAGAGGCAUUAGUUCAACUAGCUGAUUCCUGUAAAUCAGAUGACUCUCAGAUCCUUUUAUUGGAACAUGGUCGUUCUUAUUAUGACUGGCUAAAUAGAUUAUUAGAUAGUAAUGUGGAUAAACAUGUUACAAAGUGGGGUUGCUGGUGGAAUAGAGAUAUCAUGAAUUUAUUCAAUGAUGAAAGAGUCAAGCAAAGAGUGGAAGUCGUUAAAAUGUCACGAUGGCAUUUAGGAACAACUUAUUACAUUAUAGCUAAACCAAUUACUUAUAAAAAUGCUGAAACCGAAAAAAAGGCUUAAAAAUUGUGACGUACAAUUUAAAGCUUAAACCCCCUUGGUCUUAUUUUUUUUUUCUGAAAAAAAAUUUUUUUUUCUUCUUUCUUUUUAUUCAACGUUAAUAUUACAACAUGAGGUAAUAAAUUAGGAAGUGUUUUAAUUUGGACUUGGAUUAUAAUUAAGUCUUAAUCUUCUUUUUUUUU